GUUCCGCGCGGGGCAUUGUGGGAAGGGCGGCCGGUGCUGCCGCGGCUGCCAUCUUAGCAACUCCUGGCGUUGCGGCCUUGUCGCUGGAGGUGGCCUUCGCGGCGGCCGUUGGCCUCAGAGAGCGGUAUAAAGUCGGCUGGCCGACAGCCUUCCUUCCCCCGGCCCCGACAGGGCGACCAGCCCGCGUCCAGAGGCGGAAGCGAGGGCCGCGGGACGCGUGCGGGGCCCCAGGCCAGCGGUUAGUCACAGCGUCGCCCGGAAGGAUGGGCCGGUCUCGGAGCCGGAGCUCGUCCCGCUCCAAACACACCAAGAGCAGCAAACACAACAAGAAGCGGAGCCGGUCGCGGUCGCGGUCGCGGGACAAGGAGCGCGUGCGGAAGCGCUCCAAGUCCCGAGAGAGUAAACGGAACCGGCGGCGGGAGUCGCGGUCCCGCUCGCGCUCCACCAACACGGCCGUGUCCCGGCGCGAGCGGGACCGGGAGCGCGCCUCGUCCCCGCCCGACCGCAUCGACAUCUUCGGGCGCACGGUGAGCAAGCGCAGCAGCCUGGACGAGAAGCAGAAGCGGGAGGAAGAGGAGAAGAAAGCGGAGUUCGAGCGGCAGCGAAAAAUUCGGCAGCAGGAAAUAGAAGAAAAACUCAUCGAGGAAGAAACAGCCCGAAGAGUGGAAGAGUUAGUGGCAAAGAGGGUAGAGGAAGAACUGGAGAAAAGGAAGGAUGAAAUUGAGCGGGAAGUGCUCCGAAGGGUGGAGGAAGCCAAGCGCAUCAUGGAAAAGCAGUUGCUCGAAGAACUCGAGCGACAGAGACAAGCUGAGCUUGCAGCACAGAAAGCCAGAGAGAGGAAGCUGGCGCGUAUGGCAGCCGAGGAGCACACUCUGCAGGACACUGGACAAGACAGUAAAUACUCAACUUUUAAUGCUGAUUAAAGGAGUAUAGGUAAAGAAUACGUAGGUAUACAUAAUUGGUGAGACAAAUAUUCACUUUAUUUAUAUUUUAUAUAUUAUUUUUUUAAUUUGGUAAAUACUAUCCAGUUUUGUAGUUGUCCUUGUUGAUUUGUGUGAUAUUAAAGUAUUAGUAGUAAUUGCCAGGAAACUAUCAUUAGGGAGGGUUUAGUUGGUUGCUGUUUGGACUGGGAGGGAUGAUUUAAAUUUAGUGCUAGAAACAAAUUUUAGUGGCUGCACAGUUUAUCAUUUGUCAGACAGAAGGUAGCUAUAAAGCUGCCCUCUAAUUCAGCUCGAAAAAGUUCAGAGGAAGAUUAGUAAAUAUUUAUCAGUAAAAAUAAACAUUUUAUUUUUCUAACAUCUUAACAUGUCCUCCCCUUUAGGAGGAAGAACGCGCAAAACGUGAGGAGCUAGAGCGAAUACUGGAAGAGAAUAACCGAAAAAUUGCAGAGGCACAAGCCA